AUGAACGUGUACAUGAUCGCCAAAGUUAUUCUCCAGUGGGCAAAGGUCUGCGGCAGCAAAUCCUACGACGGCGACUAUCGACUCGAUUUCUGCCUCGAAAAGCAUUUCCGUAACGACUUCAAGGAGGGCGGAAAUGUUUACAACAUCAUCAUGGACUUCAUCUUCGCAUGUUUCCCAUGGUUGAUCACUCGAUCAUUGGAGAUGAAGCGUGCCGAAAAAGUCGGUCUUUGCAUUACGAUGAGCUUAGGAAUGAUGUGGGUUAAGCUCGAGUCAGCUGGUUAG